AUGGCCUCAGGGGGCUUUGAGUCCACGUUCUCGGGCCACCAGCCCCCGGACUCUUGUUCGACCCUCCAAGUUCUCAAGAAAAGGAGGGUUUCACUCGGUGGGGUCAGCCCCCCUACCAGUGGGUGCCCACCCUGUGUGUUCGGUUCAGAACCAUGUGUGUUCCCCUGUUCAGCCCAUAUCAGGGAACUUCCAUGUGCUGGAAGUGUUUACAGUGAGAAACAGUAUGAGAGCAGUGUCACCACACAGCCCCUAUUACAUCUCUCCCACACACUCAAUAAAGGCUUCGGCCCAAGUGUUUCAAAAAAGAAAAAGAACACAAAAAAUCACAAAAAUCCAGCACAGAGAGAGAACAUCUCUCCACAACCCCUUAUGUCGCCCCUAUGUUGUCCACUAGAUGGCGCCAUUGUAUUUCAAAUGAGCAACUCGGGCAUAAACGCAGCAAUAAGCGCUUCCCCGGCUCAGGUGGGCUCACUUGCGAGCCACACAACAGCUUGGCAGGCUGUGUCGGCUCCCGAGUGGGUGAUUCGAACCAUAACGAAAGGGUACAGGCUCCAGUUUGCCAGGAGACCUCCACCUUUCGGCGGCGUUAUCUUUUCUCACACAGAAAAGAGCGCUGCACACAUUCUGAAAGAAGAAAUUUCCUCCCUCCUCGUGAAGGGGGCGAUUCAAGUAGUACCCCGAGAUCAAUGCAAUCAGGGGUUUUACUCCCGUUAUUUCCUAGUUCCAAAGAAGGACGGCUCUCUCCGUCCUAUUAUGGAUCUCAGAGUGUUAAACAAACAUUUGAGGAAAUACAAUUUCAGAAUGUUAACACACGGCACACUCGCGCGCUCAAUUCAUCAGAACGACUGGUUCACAUCAGUCGAUCUGAAAGAUGCCUUUUUCCACAUCAAUAUGUACGCCCCGCACAGGAAAUUUCUUCGCUUUGCCUAUCAGGGCAUAUGCUACGAAUUCACAGUCCUCCCUUUCGGCCUCUCGCUGAGUCCGAGGGUGUUCUGUCUAUGUGCGGAAGCGGGCUUAGCGCCGCUGAGAAUAACGGGUCUCAGGAUCCUAACAUACAUAGACGAUUGGUUAAUCAUAGCCAAUUCCAGGGAAGAGGUGGUGCAAGACACUCGCCGUGUGCUCACGCACAUCACAUCACUCGGGUUCAGAGUGAAUGUGAGCAAGAGCAAUUUCACACCUGCCCAGAGUGUUAUAUUCCUGGGUCUGGAGCUGAAUUCAAUCUCAAUGCGCGCGCGCCUUUCACAAGAACGCGUUCGCUCUCUAAUGAAUUGUCUAUCACAAUUCAAGGAGGGGACGAAUGUGCCAUAUCGCAAGUGUCUCAGAUUACAGGGUCUUAUGGCAUCAGCUAUUCAAGUUUUGCCUUUGGGCCUUCUGCGUAUGAGGGCAUUCAUGAAGUGGGUUUUAUCCCUCCACUUCAGCCCAUUACGCGACCUCUGCCGCUCUGUCACAGUGACGCGCUCGUGCACAGCAGCCUUGCGCCACUGGAGGAGUGCAGACAUGUACGCACAUGGGACCCCUCUCGGGGCUGUUAUGUUGCGAAAAGUGGUAACGACAGACGCGUCCUUAACAGGCUGGGGAGCCACUCAGGAGGGCAGGACGGUGAACGGUUCGUGGCCGAGCGAACUUCGUUCAGCCCACAUAAAUUAUCUGGAGCUCAUGACCGUAUGGAAAGCUCUGAAUCAUUUUCUUCCCCGUCUGCAGGGGCAUCAUGUGCUCGUUCGCUGCGACAAUACCACUGCAGUGGCACACAUCAAUCGCCAGGGCGGCAUGCGCUCGCCCAAGCUUCAUGCCCUAGCUCACAGGCUUUUGGUGUGGAGCAGGCGGCACUUCCUGUCGUUACGCGCAACCCAUGUUCCAGGUGUCCUGAACAGGGGCGCGGACCUUCUGUCGAGGGGGAACCCGCUCUACGGAGACUGGCGACUCCACCCCCAGAUAGUGGGCAUGUUGUGGGAGAAAUUCGGGAAGGCGAACGUAGAUCUCUUCGCCUCGCGCGAAAACUCCCACUGUCCUAUGUUCUUCUCGCUAAAGGACGAGGACGCGCCCCUCGGCGUGGACGCACUUGCCCACCCGUGGCCCAAAGUGCUGCUCUACGCGUUUCCCCCCCUGUGCCUGUUAAUUCCUACCCUGGCCAGGGUGAGAGAGCAGGGCCUGUCCCUAAUUUUGAUAGCACCCAGGUGGCCCAAGGCACCAUGGUUGGCAGAGAUAAUUCCUCUUCUGCAUGCCCAACCGUGGCCCCUCCCUCUUCGCACAGACCUGCUGUCUCAGGCGAACGGGGAAAUAUAUCACCCACACCCGGACAGGGUGGCUCUGUGGGCUUGGCCCGUGAGAGGACAAACUUAAGCUCGAUGGGGCUCCCCCCACGGGUGGUUGCAACUAUACAGAACGCUAGGGCUUCCUCCACAAGGUCCCUAUAUGACUGUAAGUGGCAAGUGUUUGAAGGGUGGUGUGAUGAGCGUGG